AUGCUCGCGGUCGUCAACGUCAUUGCUGACUCCUCGACCGAUAACGUUGCUGUCGACUGUGCCGAGUUCGAGUUCGCGGUCGACAGCAAGUGCUGCCCCUCACAGUGGCGACUGGCGACGGGAGCGAGGAGCAUGACGUCCUCUCUACGUAAAACCCUGCGGCGUCCAACUCGAUAUCCGCAGCAAACUCGCUUUGCUCACACGAACCGCACAUCUCGCAACCGCGGCUUUUGCAAACAAUCUCACCGCAACCACGAUCCUCCUCCUCGUCUCUCGCACCGACCCAAACACUUCUCUCGUCGAAACCAUUCCAAACGAUGGCUUGGCCGCACAAUUUGA